UAAUAAAAUAAUAAUAAUAAUAAAUAAAUAAAUAAAUAAUUGUUGAAUCCAACAGCCCGAGGUCCGCCAUUGUUUUUUUAAAUGCAAUUUUUAAAGAUGGAAGAGUAGCUGAAUCCACUCGAUAAUGAGCAACUCCAAUUGUAAGUGUAAUAAGUUGGGAUCCACGAAAAACUGAUCAAAUAGUCCUGUAAACUCUAAUGGCAGAAAAGCCAACCCUCCAACCACAUGUACUUAUCUUUCCCUUACCCCUCCAAGGCCCAGUCAACUGCAUGCUCAAGGUCGCCGAGCUUUUCUGUCUCGCCGGCUUCCAUGUCACCUUCCUCAACACUGACCACGUCCACCGCCGUCUCCUCCGCCACUCCCACCUCCACUCCCGUUUCGCUCCAUUUCCAACCUUCCGUUUCAAAACCGUUUCCGAUGGCCUCCCGGAAGAUCACCCCCGCUCCGGCGAUCGAUUAAUGGACAUCUUUGAUGCUUUGGAAGCCGUCACGAAACCCCUUUUCCGGGGGAUGCUAAUCUCCGGUGUAUUCAGUUCUGAAGCAGGAGUGCCGGUCACCUGCAUCAUAGCCGAUGGGGCCUUUGAUUUCGCUCUUGAUGCUGCCAAAGAAGUCGGAAUUCCCCUGAUUUAUUUCGAUACGAUCAGUCCUUGCUGCGUCUGGGUUCAUCUCUGUAUUCCCAAACUCAUUGAAUCCGGCGAGCUUCCAUUCAAAGGAAAUGACUUGGACACUCCGAUCACAAGUGUACCAGGCAUGGAAGGUUUUCUCCGGCGCCGUGAUCUCCCGAUCUACUGCCGUGCCGGAGACGUCUCUAUCCCUGUUGUACAAAUCAUCUUGGCGGAGGAUCGACAACUCCCAAAAGCCCACGGACUCAUACUCAACACGUUCGAAGAAAUAGAAGGACCCAUACUCUCCCAUAUUCGUUCUCUCUGUCCAAACCUCUACUCUAUCGGACCACUCCAGGAACGCCUCAAGAUCAGGCUCGCCGAAGAAACAACGUCGCCGCCCGCGUCCUCCAACGGUCUGUGGGAAGAAGACGGUGGCUGCAUGACAUGGCUCGACGCUCAACCGUUGAGAUCAGUGAUCUAUGUCAGCUUUGGGAGUCUCGCCGUCACCAGAACGGCCGACCUCAAGGAGUUUUGGCACGGUCUGGUAAACAGUGGAAAGCGGUUCUUGUGGGUCAUACGUGAUAACGGCGUCGCCGGAGAAGAUGGGGAUCGUCAGAUUCCGGCGGAGUUCUCUGACGGUAGGAAGGAGGGAGGAUAUAUAGCACGGUGGGCCCCGCAGGAGGAGGUGCUGGCCCACCCGGCGGUUGGUGGUUUUCUGACCCACAGUGGGUGGAACUCGACGUUGGAGAGUAUAGUCGCCGGAGUGCCGAUGCUUUGCUGGCCGUACUUUUUUGACCAGCAAGUCAACAGUAGGUUCGUCAGCGAGGUGUGGAAGAUUGGUUUGGAUAUGAAAGAUUUGUGUGACCGGGUCGUGAUUGAGAAGAUGGUCAACGAUCUGAUGGACGUGAGGAGGGAUGAGUUGGUGUGCUCCGCGGAAAAUAUGGCAAUGUUGGCCAAGAGAAGUGUUAGUGAAGGUGGGUCAUCGUUGUGUAAUUUGAACCGUUUGAUUGAGGACAUCAGAUCGAUGAGUGUUUGAUCACGAUGAUGUUGCUAAAGUUUGUUUGAAAAUUGA